AUGAGAGGGGCAGAGGCUGUGGUGGUGAAAUCGACUGGGGCACUGGAGACCGGCCAGGACGGGGAGCAGCCUCGGCAACCAGCAGGGCGCGGGGAGCCUGGAAGUGGCCACAAACAGUGGAAGAAAUUCUUAUAUUGUGAGCCACAUAAAAGAAUUAAGGAAGUGCUGGAAGAAGAACUUUAUAUUAAGAGAGACGAAUGUCACAUUAAAAAUCCACCUGCAGUGGCCUUGGAAGGGGUUUGGAGCAUUAAAAGGAAUUUCCCAGUAGGCGGCUUGAUGUCAGGAGAGCUCAGCAGAAACAGUUUACUGCCCCAAGCCAAGUACUAUUCAAGGCACGGAGGAUUGAGAAGUCAAAGACACCAGCGUGGUAGCCCGCGCCUCUGCUGGCUGGUUCCGGUGGCCUUUCGGGCUUCCUCCAGCAGUGUCGCCAGAGGACGCAGGGAGGUGCUCAAAGAAGCGGACUCCAUCCUCUUGGGUUUUGCUAAGAAGGCUCAGCCCCGCGCCUGCCUUCCGUCCGUGCCUGCUCUCUCACAUCCCUGGACGCGCUCAGAGAUGAGCGGGACCCUCACUCAGGAAGGUGAGCGUUCGGACCUCCGCGCUGGGAGCCGGGACGCUGCUUGCUGCUUAGAGUAA